GACGGUGGGACAAUGAUGCCACUGACAAUGAGAAAAGUGUAUCAGCUGUUUAUGAACAGAUAAGAUUAGGAAAAAGUACCGGACAAACAUGUUUAUGUCAUGUUUAGCUCCAAGAUGCUGAAGUCUCUUUAACAAGAACUGUACGGAAUUUCAGUAACAAUAUACAGGUCUUCGCCACAUGGCUUUUCACACAUUCAUACUUAAUUAUGUUACAUGGAAGAACAUGCCACAUUCUUCAGCACAGCAGAAAAUAAUCUCACAUGCAAAUAUUUACUUUUGUUUUGACAACUGAUUUUGUAAAGUGAUAGAUGAGGAUUCAUGGGAAGUUAGAGGGGUCAGGGUGGUGAGCAUGAUGAGACUUGGCCGUAUUUCCCAAUCGGGAUUUAAGAGCAAUAUGACUAAGAUGGUGUAAUUCCUACUCUGAAGGAUUAAAUUGGUUUAAUUCCGCUUUCAUUACUAAGAUAUCUCUGUCAGUCAGUGACUAGGUCCUGUGAAAAUAUUGCAAUGCCCCAGUCCUCAAUGGAUGACACUUAUUUUUUUCAAAUUAAACAAACACUGAGAAUUAUUUAAGUGUCUUUGACCACAUCUGUCGCACUGUUUGGGCCUUGUGUCCUUGACACAACUCUCCCUCUGCAGUGGAAAACCACCAGAGGGCUAUUUUUAGCUCUGGAAAAUUCACCUUCGUGUGCAGUGGGGUGCACACAGACGGCACUCAGAAGCUGACUGUCACUGAUCUGUCCAAACUGAUGGGAAGACAGAGGAGAUGUACAGAUAGUGAAAGAAGAGUAGGACAAACAAGACAUGCCGAGACACAGAUAAACUGUACAAUAGAAAAGCACUCUAGACAUGUAUUAAACAUGCUCAUGAGGAAUCACUGUCACAUAUGGCUGCAUGCUGAUUUCUUUCAGUCUCAAAUGGUUUAUUUCCAUGAGUGUUUUCAUUUCGUCUUUUCAGUAACAGUCUAAGUUAUCAUCUCACUGCUCUUAAUAGAAGAAGACCAGCAGCAUUUUUAAGGAACUAUUUGGCACUGAUCCCAGUUUUCUGUGUCUCUCCUGCCCAACACCCCCCCUUUUACUCUCUCCCUCUCUGUUGCAAAUUACAUUGGAGGAUUUGUUGGGGCUUUUGUGUUGGCAAAUAGGUCCUGAGCAUGAAACAUUAGCCCAAAUGUUGCAGCAGAAAUUAAUCUUUAGGCUAGAACAUCGGGAAAUUCUGAAUACCUGUGGAAGUCGUUCCGUCCCAUCUUGCUACAUCACCCAUCAUGUCAGUGGGGGAGGAGUUGAUGGAGUCCCAGCUAGGCAGAGGCGGUUCCCGUCACCAUGACACCAUCACCUGCAACUCACUUCCUGUCCAGAGCCUGGGACCACAGCAAAGUGAUGGCGGAAUGAUCAAGAAGAGAAGGAAGAGGAGAAGGAAAGCAAGGCCAGAGGCAGGCGGAGGAGGGGGAGCGAGGAGAGACGAGAGCGAAGAAGAGUUCUCAGAAGAUGAGGACAUGUUUACAAUUGACUUGAGCUCAGAUGAGGAGAGAGAGGGUGACUGCAGCAGACCUGCGUAUGGAGAUCAGGGGCCUACAGCCCACAUGCACACAUGCCCCAGCUCUGAUUGGACCCGUUCACAGAGUAAUGUGAUUAAGGCGACUCUCUCCAUCCCUCCACCCUGUGGUCUGUCCAUCUCUUGUCCUCAGCAGACUUCUCACUUCUCUUCCCCUGCUAGCCCCAAUGAUUCACGGUCAUCAACGCCGAAAAGUGACUCAGAGAUAACAAAUCAGAACAAAAACAACCCCGAGAUGCUGUGGACCUGGGGGGAGCUCCCACAGGCUGCCCAGCCAUCCUUCCUGACUUCCCACCAGAAGCAGGACCCUGCCACAACCGUCUCCAUCCCAGUGUCUGCCAGCACUCACUUCAGAGCCAUCAGUGACACUGGACCUCCCUCCCUCGCUAUCAAUUCUCCCCAGCCAGGGGACACCACUGCUCAGGGUGGGGACAAGGACACUGAAGAAAGUAAAAACGGAGCCAGAGUUGGACUAUCCAGUGGGGACAGGGCUGGAGGAGAACAAGUGAGAGAAGUGGAAAGUGUUGGACCAUCGUGUGCAGAGAUGGAGGCUUUAACAGCCUGCUCCAUGUCUCCCCCGAGGAUUCUCCCUGAUCAUCUUGAUGAAAGCAGGAACAGGGGAAGUCCCAUCAAAAGAACUGAUUCACCAUCCAAGAAGAAAGACAAGAGAAGCCAACACCUGGGUGCUGAUGGCAUAUACCUGGAUGACAUUACAGAGCUGGAGCCUGAAGUAGCUGCACUUUACUUCCCUAAAAGUGAUGGAGGCAGUAGCUCCAUGAGGGGAGACUCAGAGAUGAUGAUGAUGGGAGCUCGUAGCGCUAAUCAGUCCCCACAGUCAGUGAGCAGCAGUGGAAUGGACAGUGGCGUGGACAGUUUGUCUGACCAAAUAGGGGACCUGCCUCAUGUUGCCAUCUCUUUGUGCGGAGGGCUCACUGACAACAGGGAGAUCACAAGAGAGCAGUUUCAGGAGAGGGCAAUAUCCUACCAGCAGUUCUCUGAAAACCCCUCUAUUAUUGAUGACCCUAACCUGGUGGUCAAGAUAGGAAACAAGUACUACAACUGGAACACAGCAGCUCCCGUCAUGUUGGCCAUGCAGGUCUAUCAGAAACCGCUGCCACAGGCCUCAGUGGAGAACAUCAUGAAGGAGAAGAUGCCAAAGAAAGGAGGACGCUGGUGGUUCUCAUGGAGGAGCAGGAACAGUGACUCCAAAUCAGAAUCAGUGACAGAGGCAGGAGGAGAACAAGGAGGGAGCUCACUCACUAUGUCCUCAAUGAACAGGAUGAAGGAUGAGUCAUCCUCUAGUGAUGAGGAACACAGACUGUCCAGUCAGACAUCAGGAACCUGUCAGUCAGAACUCCUCAUGAGCUCUGGUAGCAUCUGUUAUAAGAAGACUCUUCGGCUCACCUCAGAGCAACUGGCAAGCUUGGAGCUGAAGGAUGGUCCUAAUGAUGUGGUGUUCAGUGUGACCACUCAGUAUCAGGGCACCUGUCGCUGCCAUGGCACAAUUUAUCUCUGGAACUGGGAUGACAAGAUAGUCAUCUCUGAUAUAGAUGGAACAAUUACGAGGUCAGACACUUUGGGUCACAUCCUUCCCACGCUGGGCAAAGACUGGACCCACCAGGGUAUUGCACGACUCUACCACAAAGUCAGCCAGAAUGGAUAUAAAUUCAUGUACUGCUCGGCGAGGGCCAUCGGCAUGGCUGAUAUGACACGAGGUUACCUGCACUGGGUCAAUGAGAGGGGAACCAUGCUGCCAGUGGGGCCAGUGCUGCUCAGCCCCAGCAGCCUUUUUUCUGCUUUGCACAGGGAGGUGAUUGAGAAAAAACCAGAGACGUUUAAAAUCGAGUGUCUCACAGACAUAAAGCACCUUUUCUACCCGAACACUGAACCUUUCUACGCUGCAUUUGGCAACAGAGCUACGGAUGUAUAUUCCUAUAAGGAGGUGGGUGUUCCUCUGAACAGGAUUUUCACUGUCAAUCCUAAGGGGGAGUUGAUACAGGAGCACGCCAAAACCAACAUCUCCUCCUUUGGCCGUCUGUGUGAAGUGGUCGACCAUGUCUUCCCAGUCCUAGAUCAAGAUGAGGGCGCAGACUUUCAGCGCUCUGACAUCUUUGGCCAGUGCAACUACUGGAACGAACAACUUCCUGAUGGCAGCAACCAGGAAGAAGAAGAAGAAGACUCACAGUCACUUGAGACAAGCUGAGGAAAACCCAUUAAAUCAAGUACUGAGGCUGUUGUGUUCCAGCUUUUCUCCACAUUGCAGUCAGGCAUGUGAUCCAGGAUAAUUGUGCAGCCGAGAUUAAGAGUGAGGAUGCUGAUUAUUUUAGAAUCAAAAACUUGUGUGUGGGAAACAGCCAUCAAGCUUUUCCUAAAACUUAACCUGAUACAUGAGUGAUAAGUUACUGCGCCUAUUGAUUUAAAGUAGCUGAAUGUGUUUUCAGUAUCCCACACUUCGCCAUCAUUCAACAUCCAAGCAGAACUGAACUGUUCAAUACAGAUAAAACUGCUGAGCAAGGGACAAAAAGAGAAAAAAAUGACUUUUUUUUUUUGAGUAAAGAGAAUAAAAAAUCCCUGAUGAAUUUUAACAACUCACACUUUACACAAAUUACACUUCACAUAUCAAACCUUUGCAAGUGCACUGACUCAACAAAAACGCACAAACACACAUAAUACUUGUGAAGGCAUUCCAUGAACAAUUUACACAACACUGCAGAACGUGAAUAAUAUUCCUCGCCUGCAGGUUUUUGUUUUAGCUUUCCUCUUCCCACACUACUCUUCAUUUACUCUGGUGAAUAGAAUAGUUGCUACACCAAAUGUAUAUUAUUUUGUACCAAUAUGUCUACAAUAUCAGUUUGAACCUAUUCACCUAAUACCUUUAUUUUUCAGAAUUUUAUGCAGAAAAUGUGUUUCAGACACACCAGUCUUAAAGUAAUCUAAUGUCCAUUAAAACCUGACUACAACUAACUAUGUAAAGUAAAUAAGAAACUACUUUGCAGACAUUCUGCUGUUCACUGCAGAGAUUCUAUGCAAACAUCAGCUAGAUUGCCUACACAAAUGGCUUCCACAUUUGACAACAAAAUGUAAAUUGCAAUUCAGCUUGUCAAAUCUCAAAUCAGCCUGUUGAUGCAUCACUUAUUUCUAAUGUUAGGAAGAACUACUGGCUUUUUCACCCAUCAUAUGCAAUAUAUUCACCAAAUAGUGAGAGACUCCUGGAAUCUUAGUUAAAGGUUUACCUGACGCAGGUAUGUGGCUGUAGUAUUGUUUUCCAAGCAGCACUGUGCACCGGAAACACCACAUCACAUUACAGUAAAACCACUGAGAACAUGCACAGAUAGUGUAUCCAGUCAUUUUCUGUGCCAAAAUCACUUGCAGAUUCAUCUAAAUGUGUUGGGUCUUCUGACCGUCCUACUGUGAAAGAAGUGACUCUGGCACAUUUUCUCUGGUGUUCAAUGAAAAUACUCAAGAUAAGUGCAGGGCAAUGCAAAUAACACCAGUCCAUGUUCUUUCACACCAGUGGUAUGCUAGAAUGUAGUAUAAAUCACUCAGAGUGUUUGUUAUUUUAAUUACUAAUGCUCAUCAAUGCAAUGACUGUAUAAGCCCAUACAGGACUACAGUCAUAUUUUUUCAGUUUUGUAAUGCUAAGAUCAGUACACAGAUCAGUACACUUUUAUGUACAGCACUAAUAUCUCCUGUAGUGGAGAGUUAAAUGCAGCAUAUUCAGAUGCUGUAAGGUAUUUCUGUUCAUGAUCCAUUUACUUUUUGUUGUUUGUACAUUUUAAUUUGUUAUCAUAUGUUUAUGUUUGAUCAAAUAACACCAACUGUACUGCAUUUAUGUGAUAUGGAAGUUUGUCUUUACCACAUGUAUAACUUAAAAAGGGGGAAACCACUGUAAAUAAUGGACAACAGUAGUUUUUGUGAACAUUUAAAAAAAUGCUAAUUUUUUUAAUUUUUACUCUUAGAAAUACUUUGUUACUGGUGCUCAUCCAAAUGCACUUGUGGUAAUUUUUCCACUUUACUAUAACUGUUUUUUGAAACUGUCCAUUGCACUUAGAGAUGACAGUUUAACCAUAUGACCACUAAUGCAGUAGAUCAACAUGAAGAUACUUCAUGGGAAAGCCAAUGGAUCAAUUACAAAUUCUUCUUUCCUGAUGUAACGUCAGCUGUUAAUACCACAUCAUUUUCACUUGGAGCUUCACGUGAAUAUUGUUGGCAUCAACAUCACAGUUACAUGAAGUUCAGUGACAGUAUGUACAGUACUUGUACAACACACAAAAGAGUACCAUCAGUCCACAUUAAGCCUCUUCUGUCCGUGUUAAAGCAAAACUGGACAGUUAAAGCAGCUUUGAAUGUCUGACAGCUUCAAGAAAAAAAAAAAGAAAAAAGAUCAUUGUACUACCUUUGCAGUUUUAAAUAUCCUGAAAACUUUUUUAUAUAGGAUUUAAGAAGGAUAUUUAACAAAAAUUUUACUCUGACUUUAAUGUGUCCAAUAUUUAAAAAAAGUGAAAUCAAGAUGCCAGAAUACUGUGAAAAUCCCUCUCAUUGAUUGUGACUGACUUUAUUAUACUGUCUUUGUGCAUAGUAUGAAUAUGUCUGAUGCUGUGUUGUGACUGACUUUGCCUGCAGGAAAACGAAUCAGGAAUGAACUUUUAAUUGGCUCUAAAACUGUUGAUGUUCACAAGCAUAUUGGGGAGUCGGAUAUAAUUUGUAUGAGUGGAAAAGCCAAACAAGACGCAUGCUGUUGUAAUGUUAAGAUGCAUAUUUACAUGGACGUAAUGAUCUGAUCACUGUCUCUUGUCACCUGAUCUUCAUGGGGAAAUACAUGCCUUUAAAACAGAAAAAAAUUAUAAGGUAAUUUCCCCACAAUUAUGAGAUAAAAUUCAUGUCAUUAUAACACAUUGAGGCUUUGAUGUAGUUAAUUGUUAUUGGUAUGUCAUACAUAUUCAUAUGUGUUAACUGACACAAAGCAUUUUAUACCGUAUUUUCUCUCAUCCUUAUGUGUCGGUUUUUAUCAUUACAGCAUAAGCAUUUCCUAAUUUUAAUAUUUUAUUUAUGAAAUAUGGAAGUCAAAAGUAGGCAAAGAAAGUAAUGUUCUUCCCAAAUUUCUAGACUAAAUGGUCAUCUUUCGAUGAUUAUCAUCUAAUUCUUUCUGUGAAAGAUCUAUUUGGCCAGUUUUCCAAUCUGUCUCUGUGUUGACAUGGAUGUUGAUCGAGUUUGUUGUCGCGUUUAAAGAAGAUCUUCUGGAUGCUCAGCAGGAGCCUAACGAGCAGCAUGUGGUGCAAGCUGUUGUAAACAAGUUGUCUGAAUAAAUCUGUGAAAUGUACACAUUUUUCAAUAAACCUGAAGGUGGCUGCUA